UUACGACAACGACACAUGACUUACGGCUUUGUCGUAAACCGGAACGACAACAAGACGCAUGGGACGGAGUUGAAACAACGUGUCGUGCAGCUGAACUGUGAAUUUUGUUCCUGGUUUCCUGUCAGCAUUUCCUUGGAUCCCACGUCAACAUGGAAGCCAAACCCCAAAAACCGUUCUCCUCUCAGGCUGGACGAAAACCAUCAUUCAAAGGAAAAGGAAAAGGAAAAGACUCAGUUGGAACCAAAUUCGGAGGGAAACCUGGAGCGAAAAAACCCUUCAAACCGUACAAGAACACAGAGAAGAAGAGCAGACCAGGAAAACCAAACGAUGGCAGAAAACAAAGUUUCUCUAAAACUGAGAAGAGGAAACGGCCAGAAGGGGGCGGCGGUCCGGCGGCGAAGAGGCAGAAGAGCAGCAAAAAGCYGCCAGCCACAGAAGAAGAGCUGAAGAAGAAGCGACUGGAGAAGAAGAGAGAGCUGAAGAACAACCGGCAGCAGGCGGAGAGGAAGGAGAUGUUCGACAUCAUCAGCCGCUGCAAAGCAGUGUGGGGGAAUCUCCGGAGGAAGAAAUGUGACACAGAGCAGAAGACGAAGCUGAUGAAGGAGCUCCGUGGACUGAUCCGAGGGAAGAUGAAGCAGGUUGCGAUGAGCUCCAGCUGUGCUAACCGAUCCGCUCUGCUCGUUUUCCAGUCGUUGGAGUGCAACACCAUUGAGACGGUGUUGGCUGCGAACCCGGAGAAGCUGGGGAACAUCAUGGAGGAGACCAAGCAGGUCAUCGUGCCGCUGGCGCAGAAAGAACAGGUCAUCAGGCAUUCUGUGGUCCAUAAAGUCUUUCUGGAUUUCUUCCAGUUCGCACCUGAAAAGCAAAGAUCGGAGAUGAUCGAGUCCAUCAGGGAGGCCGUGGUCUACAUGGCUCACACUCACGACGGCGCCCGGGUGGCCAUGCACUGCCUGUGGCACGGAACCGCAAAGGACAGAAAAGUCAUUAUAAAAACCAUGAAGACCUACAUGGUGAAGUUCGCCACGGGGGAGUUUGGCCACCUGGUUCUCCUGGCCAUAUUCGACUGUGUGGACGACACCAAGCUGAUCAAACAGGCGGUUCUGUCGGAGCUGCUGUCCGUCCUGCCAGAGGUCCUCGGAAACAAACACGGCAAGAAGGUUCUGCUGUACCUGCUGAGCCCCAGAAACCCCAACCACAUGCUGCCGGACAUCGUUAAGCAGCUGGAGCAAGGAGACGGCAACGCACACAGAUGUCUGUUUUCUUUCUGCAGCCUCCUGAACAGCUGUGACACGACUGUGGCUGCUGAGGUGAAGGCGGCGCUGACAGCCAUCAUCCCUGAGCUCCAGAGAAUCGACGGCCAUAAAGGAGCCGAAAUCCUGCUGCAAAACCUGAACAAGUAGAUGGAUUUGUUCAGGUUUUUAUAAUUAUAAAUGGACUGCGGAUGUUUGGACCAUAAACCAUCCAAGACAUGGAGGACRACGCGAGAAGUGGACAAAGUCGGGGACGUUUUGGAGAUUUCGGCCAUUAAUCCUGAUCUGGUUCAUUAAUUUAAAGGACGUGUCGUAAAAAAUGACACAUAUUCAUGUGGGUUCAUCAAAGUGGAGCAUGAAACCCAAACCUUUCAACGAUAACACCAACACUGCCCAGUUUGUGGACUGGUUCAGCCUCUUUUUCUUUUUUUGGUGCGAUAUUGUGAUAAAUGUUAACUGAAAAUAAAAUAAAAAUUGAGAUAUUUUG